CCUUUUGAGACUAGUUUUGGCGGUCCAUGAGCUUCCUGGCUCGUUUGGACCAAUCUACGAGCAUGAACUUGUAACAUCAAUCAAUCAAGGUCAAUCAAGUUAACACAGUCAAUGACAAGAUAAAAUAAGCCUAAAGCCCAGCAUUCAGCUGUGGGAUAAUAAGUCAACAGUUGGCGCGCAGGUUGGCGCGGAAGUCAGUUAAUUUGCCGUUCUUGACACGCCAAGCAAAUUUUUACUCUAUUUGGCAACUGUUAAUAUACUUGGUAGGCCUGCGGCCCCAGGGGCCGAGGCACAAAACACCUCUCGACAAGCGCUAUGUCCGUGUACUCGCUCUACGUCAUCAACAAGUCUGGUGGUCUCAUCUACAAUCGGGACUUCACGGAAGCUGCGCGAGUCGACACGAAUGACUCAUUGCGGUUGGCCAGCAUCUGGCAUUCGCUGCACGCCAUUGCGCAGCAGCUGAGCCCCGUGCCGGGCUGCACCGGCAUCGAGCUGCUUGAAGCGGACACCUUCAACCUGCACUGCUUCCAGACGCUGACGGGCACCAAGUUCCUGCUGGUGGUGGACCCGCACGCGUCCUUCAUACCGGCGUUGCUGCAGCGCAUCUACGAGUUGUAUUCGGACUACGUCAUGAAGAACCCAUUCUACGAGACGGAGCAGGUCAUCAAGUGCGAGCUGUUUGACGAAAACGUGGAGCAGCUCAUUCGGAGAUACUUACAGCAGGCCAUGUAAAGGCCAGGAGCGCAUGCACACUGCGGUAUACUUCCUGCGUGAGCCUGUGCUGCUGAGCAGUCAAGGCACUGCAAAUUAUGCAGGUCAUCAUCGCAAUGUUGUUGACGGCUCGGAUGAGGCGGGGUGCUUCCUGGCAGCCGGUAAUGCCAUGGCAGGACACGAUUUGCUGAGAUACCGUAGGACACUGUGAGCGGAUGGGUGCCCCCGCAUGUUUGCUAGCCCCGAGCUGGGUAGGGAUAGCGGACGAGGAGAACGUUGUGAUGCAUGUAGGAUGCUGUAGGCAGGACCUCGUGGCCGGCGUGGCGUCAACGGCUGUAGCCCUGCCUAUCUGUCUGUGCCAGGUCGCGUGGGCCAAAUCUAUGUGUCGCCAUGGGGUGUUGUACUGCGCCGCUGGUUCGAGUGCCAUCUGGCGAAUGCCGCUGUGCGGCUACCCUGACCCUAGCGGGUCCUGGGCAAAGAAGUAGUGUUGGCGGUAGGCACCCGGAGUAGGCCAGAGGCCCAUGCUGCACUGAUUGCCAGCGUCAUCGGGUGCGCGCCGUCUUGCGGUAGCAUCUGGGGCAGCUGUGAUUGGACUACAGAAGGCGCCGGGGCGCUCAGCUGAAAUGCCAGCGCAGCCUUUCUGUGGCAGGCAAGGGUGUCUGGGGAGAGGUCUCUUUGAGCAGCAUCAGCUGUCUUGCCAUUUGGGUACCAGGGGCCGUACGAAGAGAAUGCGGUACCGGUACCUUGCCCAUCCUUCAGCCUUAUAGGGUACCAAUGGCGGUUUCAGCUCCAUGAAUUCCGUGAGCACGAAUUUCCAAUCCUGUCCUUCGGGGAGAGUCACGAGGCCUUAAUCAGGGAUUCAGGGGCACCCCUGGCCUUA